AUGUCUGAUGUAUCGAAUGCGAAAUGGUUGGCGUCGAAGGUGAAUAACCUGAGGGCCAUUGCUGAAAAUGAACAGCUAGAAGGUUUAGACCAGAAGAUAUACAGUGACAAUCCAUGCUGGGGCUCACCUGAGAAAUGUGACUUGCAGCACCUAUUUUCAAAGGUGCAGAAAAAGGAUGUUGUAAUCCAUGAAACCAAGAACUAUUUAAUUUUCAACAAACCCCCUGAUCUCAGGAUGGACGGGCCAUAUCCAUCGACGGUUCACAAAGUCUUGACAUUCUGGUUUCCACCCCCUUCGAUAAAUACAAACAACGAAAAGGAAUUGUUAAGCAGAGUGUCAAAGUUGCACCAGCACAAUCAUGUUGACGAUAACGCGUUGCGUCCGUGUCACCAACUUGACUACGCCACUUCUGGUAUUUUGUGUGUUGCAAGAACCCAUGAGGCAGCUUCAGCUGCUGGAGUGUUAUGGGAGGGUAGAAAAGUAUCAAAGUCGUACUUGGCAGUGAUACAUGGCCACAUCAAGUCAAACACUUCGCUUCCAGUUUUGAAAUCUGAAGUUGUAUUGUCGACAUUAUCACAAGUGGAGAGAAGCUAUCGGAACAGAAGGGGAAAAUCAAAAUCGAAGGUCACUUUUAAUGGCUUCAUGCCCCCUCAUGCAAUAUUUUGUAAAUGGAAGUCUGUUAGGGAGAAUGGGAAAGCAAAAAAGAAAAAGCGCAGGCGCGCUAGUCAACUCUCUGAGGAGCAGUGGUCGAAAGUAUGGGAACCUAUAGAGAAGAUUGUUCCGGAAACUGCGGUAGCCAUGGAUUGGAAAGAUCUUUGCAAAAAUCGAGUUGAAUGGAAAAAAACUUUUGUGGCAGCCGCAGCAAUUCACAAUCGUUUACUUCGGAACGAAAGAGAAGCUGAAGAACCAGAAAAGGGGGAACCAAGUCUGCCGACAUUGUUCAUGGUCGAGGAAGACCUGUAUAUCUUCUGUCCUCUUGCACAGGCGUCGAGUGACUUUACUAUGAAGAUUCCUUUAUCAAUCGCGCAGUUGUACCCUUCGGUGGCAAAACUUGGAGCAAACGACGACGAGGAGGACUUCAAGCCUUCACUAACUCGAUGUCAAAUCAUUGAAGAGGUAACCUAUCGAGGAAGACCAGCUACAAAAGUAAAGUUGUGGCCGAUUACAGGCCGCCGCCACCAGCUUCGAGUGCAUACGGCCUUGAGUGGACAUGCUAUACUUGGAGAUGUUAGCUACAGUAGUGAUGUUAACGAACAGGAAGCAACAACGAAAACGCGACUUCCACCGAGGAUGUGUCUACAUGCGUACUCACUAGCUUUACCGCUGUUAGGUGAAAGGCAGGACUGGAGUAUCACAACCACAGACCCUUUUUCAGUUGUUGAAGGGGAGCUAGUGAUAAAAGAAAUAUAG